UUGAAAACCAAAAUAAAAUGAAUUAUUUUUAACUCGUUCUUAUUUUUAAAUUCAAAAUUAAAGUAAAAUGACUACGUAACUAUUUCUUAUAACAUAUUUUAUGAAAUACUCUCUGUAAAUACUUCGCUGUUACAAAAUUUCGUUGAAAAACAUGCGUUUGUGAUAUAAAUCUCGAUACUUUUCGAAGAGGUGUUUUUUCUCAAGUAAAUUUCUGUAGAUAAAAUGUGUACAAAAACGACGAGUAUUAUCUUUAGAGUAGUAAUUUUAAUAUAUUGCAUAGUACCUUUUACCAUUUGUGAUAAACUCGAUGACCUGAAUCUACCUUCGGAACAUCUGCCUUAUUAUUUCAACACUUACAAAGAUGUCCUACAAGAGUAUUGCAAGGAGACCCCUAACCAUGACUUUUGUGGAAAUAAGAAGUCGAAAUCAUGCUGGGGCUACGAACUGAAUUGCGAUUCAUCGAAUUCCUAUCAUCGACCGGUGUGUCCUGGAUCUUAUAAUGGUUGGGUUCAGUCCAAGAAGGAACAAAUUAGCACGUUUUAUAAUCAAGCUGAUUUCGGAUUCGUACGAGAACAACGGAAUGAGAUGAUGCUCAUGUGUGAGCCAUCGUUUAAAGAAGACUCGUCGUUAGAAUGCUCCAACCAUCUUCGUUUCUGCAGAGGUCGUAAUAUAUUUAUUAAUUUCACCAGUUUGGCCUCUCGAAAAGAACCAAUCCGGUAUAAAAUGGAUGUUCUGAAAGAUGGAGAAAUUGGAGGUUUCUGCAAUUUUAAAAAACCCAGAUUACUAGAAGAAUGCGAUCAUUUAAGCCCAUUGCAAUCAUGGGGCCCUGAAUUACAGCAUUUUACCGCCUUACGUAGACCUCCCAUACCUCACAACUGUGACGUUGUCGUGAACGAGCCCACGUUUAUAAUGAAAAUAGACGCCACUGUGAACAUGUAUCACCAUUUUUGUGAUUUUUUCAACUUAUACGCUUCUUUGCACGUCAACUCAUCGCAUGAAGAUACGUUCUCUAGAAACGUACGCAUUCUUAUUUGGGAAUCGUACACGUAUCAAUCGGCAUUCAGCGCUACUUUCGAUACAUUUACAAAGUAUCCGAUCUGGGAUCUGAAAACGUUCGCUGGACAAACAGUUUGCUUCAAAAAUGUAGUAUUUCCUUUAUUGCCUAGGAUGAUUUUCGGCUUGUAUUACAAUACUCCUUUGAUCGGUGGAUGCGAACGAAGUGGUUUGUUUCACGCUUUCUCGAAGUUCAUUCUGCAUCGAUUGGAUAUCCCUACUUUCAAAAGGCAUAAUAAACGAUUCAAAGUAACGUUUUUAUCUCGAGAUACGAUGUACCGAAAGGUACUAAAUGAACGACAACUUUUACACGCUUUGAGUGCCAAUACGAGUUACGAUGUGAAUCGAGUCGUAUUUGAUCGAAAUUAUCCGUUAAAAGAUCAGCUGAAAAUAAUUCAUAAUACAGAUAUCUUCAUCAGUAUUCACGGAGCUGGAUUGACUCAUUUGUUAUUUUUACCAGAUUGGGCUGCUGUUUUCGAAUUGUAUAACUGCGAAGAUCCGAGCUGCUAUUACGAUUUAGCCAGAUUACGAGGAGUAAAAUAUGUAACGUGGCAAGACCAACUGAAAUUAUAUCAGCAAGAUGAAAACCAUCCAGAAAGAGGAGCUCACGCCAAGUUUACUAAUUACAAAUUUGACGUCGACGAAUUCCUAAAACUAGUCGAAGUAGCUGCUAAACAUGUCUCGGAACAGGAGAAUUUCCCUGGACAUUAUUUAAAUGAUCGAGACGAACUGUAAUACACUAAUUUACUCGUACUUCGGUGAUAAAGGAAAAAAAUGCUGUGAUUUUAACCCAAAUUACUACCUACCUAUGUACUUUAAUUGAUUACUAAUUGUGUUCAUUGUGAAAAAAAUGUCGAUUAAAACAAAGGCCUAAACGUUAAUUUUUAGAAAACAAUUGAUCUGUGAUGUUGAUUUUAUGUGCUAAUUUUUAAAACAGUAUUAUUAAUCACUGUGCCAUGACGAAUAAUAUAUUAUUAUGAAAUUUUCGA